CUGGUGCUCCCCCAGUUCCCCCUAGCGCCGCUGCCGCCGAGCUCAUCGCCUGGGUGGACACCGAGGACGCGGUACCGAGCUCUCCAUCCAGUACCGCAUCAGGGUAUCGGUGCCGCCCGGGAUCGCUCACCGCUUCCUCCGCCCACCACCCAAUUCGCCAUGGCGGAAGACCUGCCACCGCGAUGGGGGCGACCGCCUCGUGAUUCUGGAUAACCGGGAGAAUUUUAGUUUCUAUCUACUGGACCGGCCCUGCCCCUGCCCGUGCGUUGCUGCCAUCAACCUUGCCGGGCGUCAUUUUGAGCGCACGCUCCCCCGCAGAUCGACAGCAUCUGACAGUCGACAUGGACAUGGAGCACACAGAUGUGCUGGUGGACAUCCUCCGCCACCUCCCUCCGCGCAGCCUCGCCAUCUCCCGCUGCGUAUGCUCCACCUGGCGGGCCACUGUCGACCACCACCGUCUCCUGAGGGUGGACCUGCUCCCGCUCUCGCUCGAUGCCAUCAUCUACGACAAAGUCGAGAUAGACGCCCCGAUCCUCUUCUCCCGCCGCUCCACGUCGCGCUACAUCACCAGCAGGCUAGACUAUCUCGAAGAAGAUCCUGCCUAUGGGGAGUAUGCAGGAGAGAUGAAGGAUCACUGCAAUGGCCUCAUCUUGAUCCAGAAUGACGUGGUCGUCAAUCCUGCCACUCGACAGUGGGCACCGCUGCCCCCGCUGCCAUGUGCGUGCCCGAGGCCCAGGAUGGCAACAACGUCCUGCGGACGCUGCCACAAUAACCGCUACCUGGUCUACGAUCCCACCAUGUCACCGCACUACCAGGUUUUCUUCAUCCCUCGUGUUCCUGGUGACAUACUGGCCGACAGUGACACGGCCUGCACCACAGAGUGGCCUCCUUCGCAGUACGUCAUGCAUGUCUUCUCGUCGAGGACAAAGUGCUGGAAGCAGAGGUCAUUUGCACGAGAUGGGGAUGCCCCUGGAACAAUCCAAGACGUUCUAUCGUGCAGGAAUUCUGAUAUGGAUCUCUACUACGCCGCUUACUGGCAUGGGUCACUAUAUGUUCCCUGUAGACAAACGCAAGGUGGCUUUAUUUUGAGAAUAAACCUGUCGGAUGACAAGUACGAGGCAAUUAAGUUGCCACGAGGGUGCAGACAAUUUCGUCUUGGAAAAUCAAAGAAAGGGGUCUACUGUGUAUUGUAUAUCGACGGCCGAUGCAAGUUUCAGGUUUGGUUCCUUGACGAGUCGUGCGGUCUGAUAGUCUGGGUGUUCAAGACAGAAAUCAACCUCGAGCCAGCAUGGAGAAGAUACUGUUGGAGUUAUGGCGGCGGCCGUGGACCAUGGAUCUUGCAGACGAGCGAGGAGGCGGAGUUGCUGUUGAAGAGCGACCUCACGCUCGUACAAGAAUACAACCAAGCGGUAGAGAAAGAUGGUUUCGAAUGGCACUCUGACGAUGAAAAUGCUGUUGGCAUUGUUACAGACGGGUCCGAAAAGUGCAAUUCUUACUUUGACACUCUUGUUCUUGGGUGUCUUGGAUUUCAUCCUUACAAAGAAAUUGUCUUGUUUCACGAGGACGAUUGUGGAACAGUUGCAUAUCAUUUAAACAGCUCCAAGGUUCGAUACUUGGGCAGGAUGGAGCACCAUCAUUCUGAGAUAGAGAUCAGUUUUCCAUACGCACCUUGUUGGAUGAGAGACUUACCUGGAGGUAACUAACGCCAAGUCAUAUAUAUGUUUCUCCUUCAUACAUGGAGGGACUUACCUGGAGACACCGAGCAUCAACAAGUGCGUACUACAGAGGUGCAAUAGGAGCUUAUGCAUAGUAUGGCAUGACAAAGCGCCAGUCCUUUGAUCAUAUGGCAAGGUGGCUCGAGGGGAACUCCGAGGCCAUGCUGACGAGAGCACCCUUAUAUAAUACUAAUUGGGAAUAAACCAGAUCUUGGCACACUCCGGCUGUCCUGACUGAGGAUGCCAAGGAGCUUGCUGAACGCGAGAGCCUGUUCUUCAUGGAGGCGGCUCUAGACAUAACAAUAUAUAUACUGUGGUGAUUCUGAGAGUUACAAGUUUCUAAGUAGUCCCGCUAUAUCAAGUUCUAAGUAGUCCUGCUAUAUCUACACACUGAAUAACUUGGAUUAUUGGCAGGAGAGACGGAAGGGCUACAUCAAUAUUUAACUCACAUACAUUAAAUUCUUGAGGACAACUUUUAUAUGCUGGUGUGUAGUCAACUAGUCAUUAAGAAUAUUUUCUGAUA